UAAAUCAUAGCUCUCUCUCUAUUGACCGUGUUAUGAGAAAAUCCACUUCCAUAUUUUUAACAUAUGGAAGCCGCUCUCUGUGGCUUUCCCUCUCAGAGGCUGCUCAAAUGGCGCCCCAUCUGUCCUCUCCUGCAAAACCCCUCUCUCUCGACCUUUUUUCUCUCAACUGUCAAAACCCACUACUCCAAACCCAAGAACCCACCUCUCAUCAAAGCGGCUCGACCCAACACACCCCCCACCUUGACCACCACGAACCAGAGCGCAGACCCACUUGGUCGACGCGAACUUGGGAAGCUGGUUGUGAAAUGGGUUUCCCAGGGCAUGAGAGCCAUGGCUUCUGACCUUGUCUGUGCAGAGAUAAAUGGCGAAUUCUCUGAGAUUCAGCAAAGUAUGGGUCGAGGUCUCACUUUUGUUACUCAAGCUCAGCCUUAUUUGAGCGCAGUUCCCAUGCCAAAGGGAAUGGAGUCCCUUUGUUUGAAGGCGUCGACCCAUUACCCAACUUUGUUAGAUCAUUUUCAGAGAGAGUUGAAAGAAGUUUUGCAAGAGUUUCAGGGGAGGAAGCUGCUUGUUGUUGAUGAUUGGAGGCAGACUGAGUCAUGGAAGUUGCUCAAGGAGUUCUCUAAUUGUGCGCAGCAUCGUGUCAUAGUGAGAAAAGUUUCCCCUGUGAAAAGAGCCUUGCAUGGUGCCUUGGGGAUGGAACUUGAGAAGGUCCAGGCCAUGCAGAGUCAUAUCGAUGACUUUGCGAGGCAUAUGUCUGGUCUUUUGAGAAUAGAGCGUGAUUCUGAGUUAGAAGCAACCCAAGAGGAGUUGAAUGCAGUGCCCAUGCCUGAUGAGAACUCUGGUGAUUCUUUGAAGCCAAUUGAGUAUUUGGUUAGCCAUGGACAGGCCCAGCAAGAGCAAUGUGAUACGAUUUGCAAUUUGUAUGCUGUUAGCUGUUCAACAGGAUUGGGUGGAAUGCAUCUGGUUCUAUUUAGAGUGGAAGGGAACCACCGAUUACCACCAAUUAGCCUUUCUCCUGGGGACAUGGUUUGUGUGAGGGCAUGUGACAGCCGUGGAGCGGGUGCAACAUCUUGCAUGCAAGGUUUUGUAGAUAAUUUAGGGGAGGAUGGAUGCAGUAUCAGUGUAGCUCUUGAGUCUCGUCAUGGUGAUCCCACCUUUUCUAAACUCUUUGGAAAGAACGUCCGUAUUGAUCGAAUUCAUGGAUUGGCAGAUGCGCUCACUUAUGAGCGUAAUUGUGAAGCAUUAAUGCUUCUCCAGAAGAACGGUUUGCACAAAAGGAACCCUUCUAUAGCUGUUGUUGCCACUUUGUUUGGAACUAAUGAAGACAUUUCAUGGAUGGAGCAGAAUCAUUUGGUGGAAUGGAAUGAAGAUCCCACCAUUUCCGAGCUACUACCAAGAGGACCAUUUGACAAGUCCCAAUUAAGAGCAAUUGCUGUAGGCCUAAAUAAGAAGAGGCCUCUACUGGUAAUUCAAGGGCCCCCAGGCACAGGGAAGUCUGGUUUGCUAAAAGAACUGAUUACUCUUGCCGUUGAAAGAGGAGAACGAGUUCUUGUGACUGCCCCUACAAAUGCUGCGGUGGACAACAUGGUAGAGAGGCUCACAAAUGUGGGAUUAAACAUUGUUCGGGUUGGAAACCCAGUUCGUAUUUCCCCAUCUGUGGCUUCAAAGUCUUUGGCAUCAAUUGUUAAUGAUAAGCUUGCAACUUUUCGGAAAGAGCAAGAGCGAAAGAGGGCAGAUCUAAGAAAAGACUUGAGGCAUUGCUUAAAGGAUGAUUCUCUAGCUGCAGGCAUUCGCCAACUACUUAAACAACUUGGGAAAGCCCUUAAGAAAAAGGAAAAGGAAACAGUAAAAGAAGUUUUAUCAAGCGCCCAAGUAGUACUCUCUACAAAUACUGGUGCUGCUGACCCGAUAAUUCGAAGGCUGGAUUGUUUUGAUCUAGUGGUUAUAGAUGAAGCAGGGCAAGCAAUCGAACCAUCUUGCUGGAUUCCAAUUUUGCAAGGGAAGCGUACUAUACUUGCAGGGGACCAGUGCCAGCUAGCCCCAGUUAUUCUAUCAAGGAAGGCCUUGGAAGGAGGGCUUGGGGUAUCUUUAAUGGAAAGAGCAUCAAAAUUGCAUGAAGGAAUUCUAGCCACUAGAUUAACGAUACAGUAUCGUAUGAAUGACAAAAUUGCCAGUUGGGCUUCCAAAGAAAUGUACGAUGGGCUCUUAAAUUCUUCCCCAACUGUUGCUUCACAUCUUCUUGUCGAUUCUCCAUUUAUCAAGGCCACAUGGAUAACUAUGUGCCCUCUACUAUUGCUCGAUACUCGAAUGCCUUAUGGCUCCUUGUCUAUUGGUUGUGAGGAGCAUCUAGAUCCGGCUGGCACGGGUUCCCUCUAUAAUGAGGGGGAAGCGGAUAUUGUUGUGGAGCAUGUGUUCUCUCUUAUUUGUAGUGGAGUUUCUCCAACAGCAAUUGCAGUGCAGUCCCCUUAUGUAGCUCAAGUUCAGCUCCUGAGGGAAAGGCUUGAUGAAUUACCAGAGGCUUCUGGUGUUGAGGUUGCUACAAUUGACAGUUUUCAAGGACGGGAAGCUGAUGCAGUAAUUAUAUCAAUGGUCCGAUCAAAUACAUUAGGUGCUGUCGGGUUCCUGGGUGACAGUAGGAGAAUGAAUGUGGCAAUAACGAGAGCUCGGAAGCAUGUUGCAGUUGUGUGUGAUAGCUCUACCAUUUGCCACAAUACAUUUUUGGCCAGACUCCUACGCCAUAUUCGGCAUUAUGGGAGAGUGAAGCACGCGGAACCUGGUAGCUUUGGAGGAACUGGACUUAGCAUGAACCCCAUGUUGCCCUCCAUCACCUAAGAGCAAGCCACCCACUUCCAUCACCCUUGUAAAAUUAUUUAGGAGCUUUACUGUGAUUCUCUCUCUCUCUGUACAUAAUUUAAUUUAUUCUACAGGAGUGUAAUAAUUUUUGUAUUGAUGAAUGGUGACGAUUCAUUUCCACAGGAUGUCGAACCAGACAGAUGUCACAACAACUGUAAUUUGUGUACAAUAUUUUGGAGGGAAAUUACAUGCAAUUUACCUCAUGAGAAGGGGAGUUUAAAGAUUUUAUUCUCUAUCCUCCUUAGUAGGUAAAAGAUGGGAAUUCAAAAUAGAGAUGGAAGGAUAUCAUGCCUCAUUCUACGGCA